AUGUUCAAUGGCCAUAUGGACACAGUCAGCCUGUCCGGGUACGAAAAAGAUCCUCUCUCUGGCAUCUUAGGAAUGAAAGAUGGCAAGCAAGUAAUCUUUGGUAGAGGUAGCUUGGAUAUGAAGGGUGGCCUUGCUGCAAUCCUCGCGUCUGUCGCGUCAAUUAAGCAAAGUGGUCAUACUCUUCGCGGUGACGUUAUUGUCGCGGCCGUAUCCGAUGAAGAGGAUGCUUCUCAGGGAACGCAGGAUAUCAUCGCAGCCGGAUGGCGCGCGGACGCCGCAGUCGUUGCUGAGCCCACGAUGCAGGCCAUUGCAACCGCGCAUAAGGGAUUUGCUUGGAUCGAAGUCAAUAUCUUGGGAGUCGCCGCCCACGGCUCUGACCCUUCUGUUGGAGAAGACGCUAUCCUUAACGCGGGAUGGUUCCUUCGAGCCCUUGAACACUAUCAAGCUCAACUCCCUGUUGAUGACCUCUUAGGUCAGGCCUCGGUGCAUUGCGGUCUGAUCCGUGGUGGGGAAGAACCAUCGUCUUAUCCUGCGAUGUGCACGAUCACGCUCGAGUUCCGUACCAUUCCCGUUCAGACCGAAAAGUCAAUCCUGGAGGACGUCAAUGAGUUGCUGAAGAAUGUGUCUUUGGAGAACCCCCGCUUCAAAUUUCAGGACCCAUAUAUAAUCAUGUCUCGGCCAACCAUGAAACUUGCAAAAAAUCAUCCUCUUGUGGAAAAGGCUGUUGCAAGCGCAUCUAGAAUUCUCGGAGGCGACCCUGUCGUCAAAAGUGCACCUUUCUGGUGCGAUGCUGCUCUGUUAGAUGCAGCGGGGGUCCCAUCAAUUGUGUUUGGGCCUUCUGGCGAGGGAUUACAUAGCAAGGAGGAAUGGGUCGAGGUUGAGAGUUUGAUGCGGAUGGAAAUGAUUUAUAAGUCAUUGGCCUUGGACAUCUGUGGUUGA